GCAGUGAAGGAGUCCCUGGAGACAAUGUGCAUGGCGUGCCAGGUGUACCAAUGGAAGGAGUAUUGAGGCAGUGAAGUAGUCCCUGGAGACAAUGUGCAUGGCGUGCCAGGUGUAGCAAUGGAAGGAGUAUUGAGGCAGUGAAGGACUCCCUGGAGACAAUGUGCAUGGCGUGCCAGGUGUAGCAAUGGAAGGAGUAUUGAGGCAGUGAAGGAGUCCCUGGAGAGAAUGCAUGGCGUGCCAGGUGUAUUGACAAUUAAUAUGAAGGAUAACGUUAAGUUUGUAUUUGCCUUUUUGUUUUUCCCAGCAGGAGUUGUCGCUACAAAGGCUGACUUAGGAGCAAAGCGAGCCGCCUGUAGCGCCAAGCUCAAGCUCAAGAUGUCAACACGACACGUGGUAGAGUUGGUGAAGAGUGAGAGAGGAGUUAGGCAGGGCUGUAUAUUGUCACCAACCCUUUUUAGCCUGUAUACAGAGGAGCUAGCAGCCAGGAUGAGAAGAAUGAAUGUAGGGGUAAGUGUGGGGAAUGAUAAAGUAUGUGUGCUCCUUUAUGCAGAUGAUGUAGUUGUUAUGAGUGAAUCGGCAGAUGAGCUUCAAAGUGUGUUGGAUGUAGUGGAUGGCUAUGGUAAAGACUUUGGAGUAAGGUUUAGCAGUGAGAAAAGCAAAGUAAUGAUUGUGAAUAGAUCAGAGGAUGAAAGUAAUGUGGUAUGGAGACUUGGAGAGAAUGAGUUGAGACAGGUGCAAGAAUACAAGUACUUAGGGAUGUGGAUGAGUCCUAGUGGGUGUGCAAAGGCAAAGAAUGAAAAGAUAAGUAUGCUAAACCAGUGGGUAGGUCGAUUGGGAAGCGCGGCAAGGAUGAGAGCAAGCAAGUAUGAUGUGUUGAGAGAAGUGUGGAAGAGUGUGGCUGUGCCAUGUAUAAUGUAUGGUAUGGAUGUGAUUGCAUGGAAUGAAAGUGAAAUUGAUAAGUUAGAAGUGGGCCAGAACAAAGUAGCAAGGAUGGCACUGAGUGCACCGAGGUGCACAGCAGUUGAAGCCUUGAGAGGUGACAUGGGAUGGAGCACCUUCAGAGAAAGACUGACAAAAGCCACACUUAGGUACAAGAUUAGGCUUGAGAGAAUGGAUGAUGCAAGAAUAGCAAGGAAGGUGUACCUGUGGAAUGAAAGUGGAAGCAAAUGGAGGAAGAGAUGCAUGAGAAUGACAGACAGGAAUGGAUUGCAAGUUGUGUGGGCGAUAAGAAUGGCUGGUAGGAAUCAAAAUGAGCGUGAAUGGGUGGUAACAAGAGGAGGAAGAGUGGGAGCCGAAUGGGAUGUGAGAAAAUGGAAGAAUGAGAUAGACAAAGAAGUGAAAUGUGUGGGACUGAAUGAAUGGAAGAAUGAGAUGGAAAGAAAGAAGACCCUGGAAUGGUACAAGGAGAAAGAGGCCCCGAGGUAUGAAAGGUGGUAUGAUGGAAACCUGGGCGGUGAUCUUCUCUUCCGAGCGAGGGCACAGUGUAUGGAUGUGAAUGCAAGGAGUUACAGGUGGUCUGAGUCCCGCAGCAAAGUGUGCCAGAUGUGUGACAUGGGAGAGGAUGAGACGGUGGAACAUGUGGUGCUGGAGUGUGUGCAGUAUGCCAGAGACAGGAAUGAGAUGAUGCAAGUGAUACUGACUGAGUUAGGGCAUGAUAGGAAUGAAAGAGUGGAGAAGACAGGAAAGGAAUGGAUGGUGUUGUUGCUGGGACUGUGUAGAGAGGCCAAUGAAAGGAUGAUUGAGGCGGUGAAAGAGUUUCUGGAGAGAAUGUGGCGUGCCAGGUGUAUGAACAAUUAGGAUAGAGGAUGCUGUUCGUUUCUCUUUUUUUUCCCCUUUCUACAGGAGUUGCCGAUCCAAAGGCCUGGCUCAGGAGUGAUCCUGUGCCACCUGUACCAUCAAGAUCAAGAUCAAGAUCAAGGUGACAUGGGAUGGAGCACCUUCAGAGAAAGACUGACAAAAGCCACACUUAGGUACAAGAUUAGGCUUGAGAGAAUGGAUGAUGCAAGAAUAGCAAGGAAGGUGUACCUGUGGAAUGAAAGUGGAAGCAAAUGGAGGAAGAGAUGCAUGAGAAUGACAGACAGGAAUGGAUUGCAAGUUGUGUGGGCGAUAAGAAUGGCUGGUAGGAAUCAAAAUGAGCGUGAAUGGGUAGUAACAAGAGGAGGCAGAGUGGGAGCCGAAUGGGAUGUGAGAAAAUGGAAGAAUGAGACAAAGAAGUGAAAUGUGUGGGAUUGAAUGAAUGGAAGAAUGAGAUGGAAAGAAAGAAGACCCUGGAAUGGUACAAGGAGAAAGAGGCCCCGAGGUAUGAAAGGUGGUAUGAUGGAAGCCUGGGCGGUGAUCUUCUCUUCCGAGCGAGGGCACAGUGUAUGGAUGUGAAUGCAAGGAGUUACAGGUGGACUGAGUCCCGCAACAAAGUGUGCCAGAUGUGUGACAUGGGAGAGGAUGAGACGGUGGAACAUGUGGUGCUGGAGUGUGUGCAGUAUGCCAGAGACAGGAAUGAGAUGAUGCAAGUGAUACUGACUGAGUUAGGGCAUGAUAGGAAUGAAAGAGUGGAGAAGACGGGAAAAGAGUGGAUGGUGUUGUUGCUGGGACUGUGUAGAGAGGCGAAUGAAAGGAUGAUUGAGGCGGUGAAAGAGUUUCUGGAGAGAAUGUGGCGUGUCAGGUGUAUGAACAAUUAGGAUAGAGGAUGCUGUUCGUUUCUCUUUUUUUUUUUUUACUCCUUCUACAGGAGUUGCCGAUUCAAAGGCCUGGCUCAGGAGUGAUCCUGUGCCACGUGUACCAUCAA